CGCGGCCCCGCUCCUGUCGCCAUUGCCGCGUCCGCUCCCCGGCCAGCGCCUCCCUGACGCGGCCGCGCGCGCCGGCGUGCCCGUGACGUCAGCGCGAUGGCGGGGGAGGCGGCGGCGCUGCUGGCGGCGGCGCGGGCGGAGCUGCGGGCGCGGCGGCUCUCGGCGGCCGAGGAGCUCUUCAGCCGCUUCAUCGCCCGCAGCCCCGCGGGUGCCCGCAGCGACCUCGCCACGGCGCUCAACGACCGCGGGCAGGUGCGGUACCUGCGCGUGGAGUUCGCCGCCGCCGUGCAGGACUUCACGGCCGCCAUCGAGUGCCAGCCCGGCUUCGAGGUGCCCUACUACAACCGCGGGCUGGUGCGCUACCGGCUGGGAGACUUUGAUGAGGCCAUGAAAGAUUUCAGGAAAGUAUUAGAGUUGAACCCCCAAUUUGAAGAUGCUGCAUUGAGUCUAAAACAGGCUAUUCUUGAUAAAGAAGAAAAACAGAAGCGGGGUUAUUGAAAAUGCAGGUAGUGAUGUGAUGUGAAAAUAUUCCACUAAACAUGUGAUUUUUGUCAUUGAUGGAUGAAACACAAGAUCGUUUACAUCUGUUAUGACCUCUUGAAGAACUUCAUUCGUAGGUAAAUAAGUUAAAAAUUGAUUAUGAUUGCAAAGUAACCUGAAUGUGGGAUUUCUGUCCUUGAAGGAAGGUGUAAUGUUGAUCUCUGUGAGACACAUGUACAGAUUUUGUACAGAAAUACUUUGUAAUUCUAUAAUAAAUGUAUUAGCCAGAUUAAUUGAAAAUAAAAAUGAACACGUACUUUUUA